AUGAAGUUUAUCGCUGCAUACGCACUGGCCUUGCUGCUAGUCGGCCCGGCCCUGGCUCGGCCCAACUUGGUGGAACCGAUCUAUCUACGACGACGCAGCAAUCCGCUGGAGAUAGUGGAAGAGAGCGUGGAGUCCAGCAGCCUGCCACAGGACAGUGCGGUCCAGAGCAGUACCGAGCAGCAGCAGUCAACCACCGGCAUCGCGGAACCCACCGCCACCGACAGUAGCACCAGCUUCGUCGCCAGCACGUCCACGCACCAACCAAGCCACGCGUUCAAGCGUCCCGAGCUGCUGAAGACGAAGAUGGGCACGUCCGGUUUCGUGGUGUCCACCAGCACGAAAGUAUUAACCGGUGGUGCGAGUGCCGCUUCCGGUGCAGCUGCCCAGCGGCCCCGUCCGGGCACGGUUCUCGGCUCGGGCGAAGCGAAAGCUAACGAUCAGCUAACCCUCUUUGAUCGCUAUUCAGGACACGCAGGUGUGGCGGAACCGAUGACGGACGAGGAGUAUCAGAAUGAGUUGCACCGCGCCACGGAGCGCGUCCCACUGCGGACGACCACCCCGAAGGAGGGUCUCUCCACCUGGGUCCUCCUAUCGGGCAGCGAUUCCACCGAGAUGAAGAGCGAGUCGACCAGCACGACAAGAAAGGUGAUCACCACGACGACGACAACGACGACAGCGAAACCGACCACCGCUACGAAACGCUUCCAACCGACCACUCGACGUCUAAUCCCAUCGACCACACCUCGUCCGGCCCGAACAACCGCAUCCACAUCCACCGUCAAUCCGGACGAAAAGAAGGAAAAACUGAACAAACCACUGCCCAAGCAGAAGAUUGUCUCGACGACUCUGAAGCCGGUGAUUGUGAAGAAGGUUAAGAAGCCGUUAGCCAACACACCCACAACAACAACCACCACGACGACCACUACGACUCCCAAGCCAACCACAACUACCUCCACUCCAACGACCACUCCCGAGAUGGUUAUCACGGAGCAGAGUGCCUCCACGGUGGCUAACGACCUGUCAGCUCCCGUCACCGAUGACAGUUCGAUGGAGUCAUCCACCUUCCUCAUACUGGAACCGAAGGAUGCUCAGUUUGAUCUGCCCGAAGAUCGUUCGCCCUCGAAAACGGCACCGCCAGCGAACGGUGGCAAGAUUGCGAAGAAACCGACACGAAAGCCCACCUCCAAGGCACCGGGCGGUACGAAGAAGAAGCCGGCCAACAAGAAAACUCGCAAACCGGAAGUGAAGGACGGUGUGGCAAGUGAUAAGAAGCCGGCGAACAAGAACAAACCCGUCUCGACGCAGAUCAUCAACUAUUUGUCCCGUGAGGUGAUGCCCACGGUCGGUGUCGGGUUGGUGGGUUUGGUAAUGGCCGCCGGAUUGGCUUCGUACUUCCUCGGUAGUCCUCUGGGUGCGUUGCGUCGAUCGGACGAUCGGAAGGAUGAUCUUUACUACUCCAACUACGAGGAGUAUGCCGGACAGGAUGGACAGAAUGAGGAAGAUGUCUUUGGGAAGCUGAUUGCGGGUAUGCCGGAUCGGUCCUACUACCGGAACAAUGCCGUACGUCGGCGAACGCAGGUACAGCCGGUGCGAACUGGACAUCAGUACUACCAUGUGCAGCCUUAUUCUGCCAACAAGUAUCCACACAUUACGUAUCGCAAUCGGGCGUAUGGUGGAACCGGUGGUCCGAGUGCCCCAGAAACGAUGUACACGAACGUCAACCGGCCGGCCCAGGGACAGGCAGGGCAGGUCCAGGGCCAGGCAAAGUCUCAGAACGAGUUCUUCUACAACACACCACCGACGCCGUACUACCCGAUGCGUACCGUUUCGGUCGAAACGCCCACACGGCAACCGGCCCCAGUGUACAGCUCGUCCUCUCUCCCAACGCUAGCUAGCAGCACGGUCAGUCCGUCGACUACAGUCGCCUCCAACUCUGCUGCAGAUCCAAUUGUGGAAACCGAGCACGAGAUGAUGCCCCAUCCGGAGGCGUAUUCCGCGGAGCACAGUCCCGAGCAUCAUGCGCACUAUGUCGUCGGAACCAGCUACUCGGACAGCAUGCUGGACAUGAUCAAUUCCGCCGCGGUACCAGAACACGGCCCACGAAGAAAGCGUCGUGCAGUGGAAUCGGACGAGGAUAUUGAGCUGGAGAAUGAGAUCGAUGUGGACGAAGAUCGCCCAAAAGACACGUCCGCACAGUCAAGUCACACGGGAGAAGCGACUGAAAUGAGCUUCCCGGAGGGAGACACUGAGACAACGACGGAAUCGGGAGCUACGGAGACGACAACCGACACUCUCCAAUAUACUUGGGGUGACUUUAUCCGAAACACGGUCGAACGGAAGGUGGCAAUGGGUAUCCAUUUCCUCCAGCAUGUCACCAUGGACUUUCAGCGAUACCUUAACGGAGUUCAUGAUCGAUUCCAGCAGCACCACAGCCACACCAACUCGACGGAAGCCACGCGUCACGGUAGACAUUAG